AUGGAGGUGAUGAUGUUAUAAAUAUAUUUAAUGUUUAUCUAUCUCUGUAUAUUUGAGAUGAACGUAACAGAGUGCAAAGUGUAUUUGGAGCAAACAGAUUUUUAUUUUGAUAAUGUUACAGCAACAAUAAAAGGUGCGCAUUCUAACCGCAAUUUUUUUUAGGAAGCAACGUUAGCUAACUAGCUAGCACAGAUGCGUCUCUGAACAUUUGGCUAUCAAAUUGCAUCAUGCCAGUCAUAGAGGGCUACGGUUUCAAUGUUGCAUACAUUUUGGUUUGUAGGCAAGCGCUUGAAUGUAUCGUUGGGAUACAUAGCUACCGGUAUAAUAACGGUAUAGGCCUUAAAAUGUAAGGCAGGCUACGCCUAGCCCUAGUAGUAGGCGUAGUAGUUACAUGCAUUUAACUGGAUAAAGGAAUUUACCCACUAGAAAUGGUAUUUGCAUUAUAAAGUAUAUUAAAUAAUAUUUUCAAAAUGGCGAAUUGUUGUUUCCCCAACAAUGUUCCAGAGUCGUGGCUAAUGUGAUGGUUACACUAUCUCUCCUAAAAUGUUAUGUGUUUUUUUUUUUAUCAGCAUAAGUCUGUCUUGCUGUUGGACAUUGGGCAGAGCUGAUUACUGUACCCCCCAAUAACCAUAACCAGGGCAUUAUAUAAAUAUUCUCAAUAUAAGGCUCUGUCUGUAACCAUUUAAAUAGCCUGGCUGGCGCAUUGCAUUCUAAUGCAGUAGUUCUGCCUUUGGGCGGUGUGAAAUUAGAACGUUUACACGUAUAUAUUGGAGUCAAGUGUACUGUACAAUUUUAGUAAAAAGAUAGUAUGCUGUUGUCUAUAUAGUUGCAUUGUUAUGUGUGACAUACAUUCCUGUUUUGAAUAAUUUAACAGGGAGCUAGGGAGCCAGAACAGCUCAGGAAGCUGUUCAUUGGGGGCCUCAGUUUUGAAACCACUGAGGAAAGUUUAAGGAUCCAUUUCGAACAAUGGGGAAACCUCACAGAUAGUGUGGUAUGUAUGCAUUUCGCUCGCAAUUUGAUUUUACACACAAGUGUCUAGUGUUUACCAAAUUGGUUAAAGUAAUGUAAGCUAAUACGUUGGUUUCCUGUAGGUGAUGCGGGACCCAAACAACAAGCGCUCGAGAGGGUUCGGCUUUGUGACAUACUCCUGUGUGGAGGAGGUUGAUGCCUGCAUGGCAGCUCGCCCUCAUAAGGUGGACGGGCGUGUUGUCGAACCUAAAAGGGCUGUGUCGAGAGAGGUAAGCAAAGUCUGCUUGACAUUUCAGGUGCGUUUGCUGUUGUGGAGGUGUGACGGGUGUGUGUUCACUGCUUGUCUGUCUCAGGACUCCAACAGACCAGGUGCCCACCUGAGGGUGAAGAAGAUCUUUGUCGGGGGGAUCAAGGAGGACACAGAGGAGGACCACAUCAGGGAGUACUUUGAGCCCUACGGGAGGAUCGAGACCAUUGACAUUAUGGAGGAACGCGCAACUGGGAAGAAGAGGGGGUUCUGCUUCGUAUCAUUUGAUGACAAUGACACUGUGGAUAAAAUAGUCGGUAUGUUUGGGUAUUUUUUAUUUUUUUUAUUCAUUUUUUUUGCAGUUUUGAAUUUGUCAUUUGAAACAUCAGUAAACAUUCCGUUUAAGUAUUUUCUCUUGUUUUCUUUUCAGCUCAAAAAUACCACACAAUAAACACACACAACUGUGAAGUCAGAAAAGCACUUUCAAAACAGGAAAUGAUGGAGGCGUCCAAUCAGAGGAGUAAGCGUAAUAACCAAUCUUUAUACUGCUUGUACAAAUGUGUGACUGUUUUAGAGAAGCACAUAUAUAGAAUGCGCUUCAUUGUCAAUAUUGGGCCAUUCUAUUUUUUUAGGUAGGGGUGGUGGCUCUGGGAACUUCAUGGGUAGAGGUGGCAACUUUGGUGGCGGCAACUUUGGACGAGGUAAGCACUUUUUUUUUUUUACAUUUGACAUGGAACUUAAGAACAGGUAAUCACACAAUAAAUGUAAACAUUUGAUCUUGUGUUACAGGAGGCUACGGUGGAGGAAGAGGAGGUUAUGGAGGAAGAGGAGGAUAUGAGGGAGAUGGUAAAUGUUUCUAUACCGUUUAGUGGAUAAUCAGAUGAGGGGGGGGGGGGGAAACAAAGCUGCAUCACUAGAAGAGAGCUUGCUCAAAUCUGAUUGCUCUGCUUUUGGUCGCUGUCCUGAUCGGAGUGGUCGGUUUGUAACCCGUCCUGAUCUGAGUGGUCGGUUUGUAACCCGUCCUGAUCUGAGUGGUCGGUUUGUAACCCGUUCUGAUCUGAGUGGUCGGUUUGUAACCCGUUCUGAUCGGAGUACUCUGUUUUGUAACCCGUUCUGAUCGGAGUACUCUGUUUUGUAACCCGUUCUGAUCGGAGUACUCUGUUUUGUAACCCGUUCUGAUCGGAGUACUCUGUUUUGUAACCCGUUCUGAUCGGAGUACUCUGUUUUGUAACCCGUUCUGAUCGGAGUACUCUGUUUUGUAACCCGUUCUGAUCGGAGUACUCUGUUUUGUAACCUGUUCUGUGCAGGUGGGAACUAUAGUGGAGGACCAGGCUACGGUGGUGGACGUGGUGGGGGGGGUUAUGGGGGAGGAGGUCCUGGGUAUGGAAACCAGGGAGGAGGAUAUGAUAACUACAAUGACGGAGGCAACUUGGGAGGUACAAACGCAUGUUUUAGCCAGGAUAUAUUGUGAUCGGUUCAUUGAGCUGCAUUCACAGUAACCCACGGUAAUUGAAUUUGAUGUCGGAUCUUCUAAAAGCAAAUCUCUGUGACCGCUAGGAAACUUUGGUGGUGGAGGAGGUGGAAAUUACAAUGACUUUGGUACCUACGGAGGACAGCAAUCCAGCUAUGGCCCCAUGAAGGGAAACAACUUUGGUGGCAGAAACUCUGCCAGCCCCUAUGGAGGUGAGUGUUCUCUCCCUGAGCUGGAUGAGACGAUGUGCCUAUCUGAUGACACAACACUCAUCUGUCAAUCAUUGUUCAUUCCAGGUGGCUAUGGCUCAGGAAGUGGAAGUGGCGGCGGCUACGGUUCUCAGCGUUAUUGA